UAUAGUAAGAUUAAUACAAAUUUCAUUAAGUAAAUAUCAAAGUAUUUCUUUUGCACAGCUUCCAAACAAAAUACCGACUGACCAAGGAGGUUUUUAUGUACGUCCUUUGUGAAAUAAACCUUACAGAAGGACUUAGGAGUACAUAUAUACCUCCAAUUUUGAGGCUAGCUGCAACGCUGGAGAUAUUAGCAGGUGGCGGUUACCAGUGGCAAACUGGCGGCGCACACACAGCAGCAAUGGGGCAUAGUACUCUGUCGAAGAUAUUUCGCAGCACAUUAUCGUCGAUGGAAGAAACUCUAUGCAACCAAUGGAUAUCUUUCGAAAAAAACUUCCAGCCGUGCAAAGAGUGAUUCCACAGUACGGAGGGGCUGCGCACGAUUCCUUUGUUUGGAAAGCCUCAAAUGAGAGGAAGGUAAUAGAGCCGCGUUAUAAUAAUGGAGAUACAAGUACGUGGCUAUUAGGGGAUUCUGGAUACCCUCUUGAGCCAUGGCUUAUGACCCCGUAUCGAUUACGCGAAAAUAAGACCGACGUAGGCAAAUGUAUUUUCAACGACAUUCACAGUAAGGCUAGAAUCAUUGUCGAAAGAGGCAUUGGCGUAUACAAAGGCCGCUGGAGAAUAUUAUCGGACGAUAGAAAGCCAAGGUACAACCCAACAUUGGUUGCAAAAAUUGCAAACGUGUGCGCCGCUCUUCACAAUGUAUGCAUCAAUAGAAAUAUUCCAUAUCAAUUCAGCAACGAAAGGAAGGACUGUUCGAAUGUACACAAUUAGACAUAAGCAAUAGAUUAUCAGAGAGGAUAACAAAUAGAAUAAAAGACCAUCUUUCCCAAUCAGCAAUGUAAAGAUUUCAUUUUAUUGCUGUUAAAUUAAAUAAAAAUUUUUAAGUAUAACAAAAAAUUGUACUUCAUUUCUCAGAUAUAAGUCUUUCUUUUUAUAAAAGGUAAAAAACUAAGCUUAAAGUUAUCAUAUACAUAAAGUAACUCAUUAUUAAUUUAUUUUUCGUUUUAGCAAUGCGAUUUCACAUUUCAGUUGAAGAAAUAAACAGCUGAGAAAAUGAAAACGAGAGCAAAAGUGAUGUCGAGCUGUAUCUAUCGAACGUUCGAUGUAACGCUACGACAUUUUUUGUUACAGAAAGCAAAAACGAUACUUCGACUAUCGUUUUUGCUCGAUAUCGAAUUACAGAAAGCCACC